CGAUCUGUAUUUUGCUUCUACCACCAAUAUAUCGCACAGAGAAAAAAAGAAAAUGGAAGCAGCAUGGCCUACUAUUGUUAUCGCUGCAGCCACAGUAGUUGUGUUGCUUUCAUGGGGAUGGAGGAUCCUCAAUUGGUUAUGGCUGAGACCAAAGAAGCUUGAGAGGUUGCUAAGAGAUCAAGGCCUUCGAGGCACACCGUACAAGGUUCUAGUUGGAGACUCGAAAGAUUUUAUGAAGAUGCAAAGGGAAGCAAGAACCAAACCCAUGAACACCUCUGAUGAUGAUAUUGUUCCUCGUACGCAGCCUUAUGUCCUACAAUGCUUCAACAAAUACGGAAAGAAUUCUUUUUUCUGGUCUGGAGGAAUACCAAUAGUGAUAGUCACAGAUCCUGAACUAAUCAAAGAUGUAUUCAACAAGAACUAUGAUUUUCGAAAGCCAAAUACAAAUCCAUUGAUCAAAUUAUUGGUUAAUGGGCUUGGUGGCCAUGAGGGUGAGAAGUGGAGAAAACAUAGAAGAAUAAUCAAUCCUGCAUUUCAUUCAGAAAAGUUGAAGAUUAUGAUACCAAUAUUCUUCAAAAGUUGCAAUGACAUCAUAUGUAAAUGGGAGAAAAUGAUAUCGUCGAAUGAAUCAUGCGAAAUAGAUGUGUGGCCUUCUUUUCAAAAUCUAGCCGGUGAUGUUAUCUCUCGAGCAGCAUUCGGAAGUAGCUACGAAGAAGGAAUAAGAAUAUUUGAACUUCAAAGAGAGCAACUUAAACUUACCAUGGAAGUUGUGAUGAAAGUUUAUAUUCCCGGAUCGAGGUUUUUACCUACUCGUAACAAUAGGAGGAUGAAGGAAAUCGACAGAGAAAUAAAAACUUCACUUAAGAAAAUAAUUAAUAAGAAAGAGAAAGCGCUAAAAGCAGGUGAGACAGCAAAAGAUGAUUUACUGGGUAUAUUGUUGGAAUCAAAUCAGAAGGAAAUUGAAGAGUAUGGAAAAAAGAAGAAUAAUGGAAUGAGUGUUGAAGAUGUAAUCGACGAAUGUAAAUUGUUCUACUUUGCGGGACAAGAGACGACUUCAGUUUUGCUGGUUUGGAGCAUGGUGUUACUCAGUAAGCAUUCUUAUUGGCAAGCUCGGGCAAGGGAGGAAGUCUUGCAGGUCUUUGGUAGCCAGAAACCACACCUUGAUGGCUUAAAUCGCCUUAAGAUUGUGACUAUGAUAUUAUAUGAGGUUCUCAGGUUAUAUCCACCGGUACCUGGACUUACUCGAACUACCGCCAAAGAUAUAAAACUUGGAGACCUAAAUUUGCCUCAAGGAGUGCAAAUUUUCUUCCCAAUUGUUUUGAUUCACCAUGAUUUCAGACUUUGGGGUAAUGAUGCAAAGAAUUUCAAUCCUGAAAGAUUUUCAGAAGGAGUAUUUAAGGCGACAAAUGGCAAAGCUUCUUUUUUGCCAUUUGGAUGGGGUCCUAGAAUCUGUAUUGGACAAAACUUCUCGUUAUUAGAAGCAAAGAUGGCUUUAUCAUUGAUUCUACAACAUUUUUCAUUUGAACUUUCUCCAGCUUAUACUCAUGCUCCGAUGACUAUGGCUUUACUUCAUCCACAACAUGGCGCUCAUAUCAUUUUACAUAAGGUAAAAAUAUAAAAAUAAUAAUAUGCUCAUCGACGUUUGAUUUUCAUAAUGUACUAAUUAAUAAUAUACUAUUUUAUUGUAAAAUACUAAUGGGAGUAAAGGCAAAGAAAAGCUGAUACCAUUAUUAGUAUUUUCUGAUAUGUGUGUCUUAUA